UGCUCACUGAUUUCAUUCAUUCUUAUUCACAUAGUGGCAGUGGUCGGAAAACUUUUCACUUUUUACAGUUUUGAACCGUGUUUUAAAAAUAUUGUUCGCCAUGUGUAAUGUGUACGUUUAUGUUAUGAGUGUGUUGCGGUAAAUGUUACUUGACAUACUUACUUGGAAAUAAAAUGAAAAAAUAUCAAAUUUAAGACAAUGCUAAAUUUAGUGGAGAGAAAUUUUGUAAAUUAUGGAUGUGAAAACCAGACGAUAUUUUACUCCAAAGGUUUUGAAAUUUGCUAUUAAAUAAUUUGAUUUGAAGCGGUUUAGUGGUUUAGUAAAUUUAUUGUGUUGCAUAAUAACUCUUACAAUUUGAGUUUAAUACUUUCUCGUGUAUAAAGAAGAAUGACAUAGUUUGGUGUUAUUUUAUAAAUUAGAGAGUAAAUAGGGAAUACAGAAAGUCAGUAAGAUGCCAGUAAAAGAGUGGUUUCGAAGUUUGCAACCCAUACAACUUUACAUAAUUCUCAUACUGACUGUGAUGUUUUUCAUAACGGAAUUAAUUUUUAGUCAUAUCACACAUGCUUUAACACUUUUAAUGGACUCUUAUCACAUGUUAUGCAAUAUUUUAGCGUUGACUGGAUGCAUCAUGACUAUUAAGGACAGUAAUAGCACUAGUGACAAUUACGACUGCACCAAAAAUGAAGCUACUUCAGAAACAAGUACAACUAGCGAAGAACUAACUUCCAACCACAACGGUUGUUCUGAUAAAAGGCCAAGUCAAACGAAAAAGUCUCCUACAAGAAGUAAUCAAGAGAAUAAACUGAAAAAUACAUUUGGUUGGGCACGAAUUGACGUAAUUUCGUUGUUAAUCUAUUGUAUUUUUUUGGCUUCUCUCUCAUUUUCCGUAUUCGCGGAAGCGUUACAAACACUAGUCCAUAUUAAUCACUUUGACGAAAUGCACCAUCCUCUAUCAGUUUUAUUUAUUGGUGCAGCUGGUUUACUGCUAAAUGGUGUAUGUUAUUUGUUAAUUGGUGGAUACACUUUCCAUCAAGGCAGUUUUUUAUACGUCACAGAAAGUGGCGACGUUAUUUUGGAUAGAGUUGUCGUACCUGAUGUUGUUAAACAAGGUGGACGAAGACUGUCGAGAACUAGAAAAAUACCUCCCCCUCCAAAAAAACAAAGACAAGGCUUUCUAGAAAUGUGUAGAGAUAUCAUAGGUUGUGUGUAUGUUAUUAUUUGUGCUUUAAUAGUAUAUUUCACGGACAAAAAUGUUGCCAAAUAUGUGGAUCCUUUAAUGUCGGUGGUCUCAGCUGCCUCAUUAAUGUUCCUCAGUUAUCCACACAUGAAGGAAAGUUGUUUGAUUUUACUUCAAACCAUACCGGACUCCAUCAACAUAGAUGUUUUAAAAAAAGAGCUUUUAAGUCACUUUCCAGACAUUAUUAAUGUUCAUGAUUUUCAUGUCUGGCAGUUGACGGCAACGAAGAUUAUCUCCACUGUUCAUAUAAUAUUCGAAAAUCAAAAGAGCUACAGCAAAAUAAUGGAUGAUAUUAAGGAAUUCUUAAUAGAAAAUGGUAUUACGCAAGUGACAAUUCAACCAGAGUUUUAUACAAAAACAGGAAGUCCAAAUAAGCUGGUGACACCACUUUGUCUGAUGCAGUGUCAAGGCGAAGGAUGUAAACUCAACCAUUGUUGCCCCAACUAUGAAACUAAUAAAGUAAAAUUAAGAAAAGGAAGCAGGUCAGAUACCAAAGAAGCCAGAAUGUUAAGAAACUCUUUACCAGAUUUACGGUCGAUUAAAAUAAUCAGCAACGAAUUUUCGAAGACAGCAGAAUGUUUAACGAAUGCCGGGACAACUCAGAGUAACAACCAAAUACAGUUGUCACAAAAUUAAACUUAAUGAUUGUUAGAUUUCUGAUAAUGAUAAUGAGAUGGUCAUUGUUAAGUACAAAUUUUUCCUACCUUGCCAAUAUACAUAUUACGUUUGUAUUGUA